AUGAUUUGUGCAUCAGAAGAACACAUCGAAUAAGUAGUGAAUUUGUAAUUGAUCAAUAAAGAGAAGUUGAAAGAUAAAUUUUUAAAAAAGAUGCGAAAUAGAGACAAUGUUGAUUAAUCUUAUGGCGAAAGAAGAAAAAAGGUCAAAUUGGAGCAACAGUCUAGGCCUAAAUUUGAGGAUUUAAUUUGUCCAAUUUGUCUAGAAAUCUUUUAAAAAGUCACUACUACUUAAUGUGGGCAUGCAUUUUGUGAAAUGUGUAUUUUUGAUAGUUUAAUGAGAAAAGCAGAAUGUCCUGUUUGCAGAGUGAAAAUUAAAACACACUCAUUCUAAUAUUGUGAAAGUUUUGAUAAUAGAAUCAAUGAUUUAGUUAAUGAAUAUGGAGAUAAAACUCAGAUCGAGCAUUUUAAAAAUAGAUAGUUAGAGAUGGAAUAAUGGAAUAAAUCGAAAUAAGUAGAUAAUUUGGCAAUAGACUAAAAAGUUGAUAUAAUGGAUUAAUAAUUUAUAUGGUGUGUGGCAACCAUUAGGUAAAUUGGCAAAAAGGAAAUAUUUAUUCAUUAUGAUGGAUGGGGGAAAGAGUAUGAUGAAUUCAUCCCAUUACAAUCUAAUAGAAUUGCCCCUUUGGGUCUUUAUACUAAAAGAGAAGAUAUCCCAAAAUAUCAACCUGAACAAAGGCAGUUUGCUGAAAUCAUAUAAUAUAUUAACCAAUAUGGAGAACUCCCAACAUAAAAUGAACUGAAUGAUUGA